AUGCUGAUGCUGCGAGUCUGGUACCUCUUCCGCGCCAGCGUGCCUGCACGUCUGUUCGCCGUCUUCAUUUCCGCUUCCUGCCAAAUCGCCGCCUUCGCGAUUCUAGGAGUAAUCUAUAACGACCUCAACGCCAUUUCGUUCGACCUCCCCGGUUUCGAGCUUGAAGGCUGCUUGGUUCCCGCUCCAACGAACCUCUGGAGGCUUUGGGUCCCGCCGUUGAUCCUGCAUACCCUGCUAUACGUAUUUACUGCCGUGCAGGCGGUACUGAGGCGCAAUAUGUACGGGAAGCGGAAUGUAGUGCUCGAUAGACUUCUGAGAGACGGAGGUAUACUGUAUCUAGCUGUGCUCGGUAUUUACUCUCCCGAUAUUUCAUCUUUGUCCUCGAAUGUUGACCGUGAAAUAGUCACCAUCGGAUUUUGCGCUAUUGGGUCCACCACAAAAAAUCCUUCCGUAUCCAUUUCCGCUGUUUAUUCCAACGUGAUGAUCGGCCUUGUCUCAGUGUGCAUGUCACGUGUGAUGUUCAGCAUUCACUCCCUCGCAGAAAACCUCAAUUGCGAUCCCGACUGGCUGCUCAACCAUGUAGAACUCAGCCGGGUCAACUGGAAGAAGGGAUCGACGGACGGCGAGCUGGUGGUGGAGAUGGACGUGGUAGAAGCAACAGAGGAUCCCGAGUACGGUCACCGCUUUGCCGUGAGGACAACGAGGGUCGGCACGACGCCCGAGCCGGAUUACGAGCCGCCGUUUUUGGUUAUGGCAUGA